AUGAUUAUCUACAAGGACAUCAUUACCGGAGACGAGAUCAUCUCGGACUCCUACGACCUCAAGGACAUCGAUGGCAUUGUCUUCGAGGCCGACUGCGCCAUGAUCACCGAGGGCGCCGUCAGCGUCGACACCGGCGCCAACGCCUCCGCCGAGGAGGCUGACGAGGGUACUGAGGACGCCGAGAUCAAGGUCAACAACAUUGUCCACUCUUUCCGCCUCCAGUCCACCCAGUUCGACAAGAAGAGCUUCCUCGGCUACCUCAAGGGCUACAUGAAGACUGUCAAGACUGCCCUUCAGGAGAAGAACGCCCCCGCCGAGAAGAUCACCGCCUUCGAGAAGGGUGCCCAGAAGUACGUCAAGGAGACCCUCCUUCCCAACUUCAAGGACUUCGAGUUCUACACUGGCGAGUCGAUGAACCCCGAUGGAAUGGUCGUCCUCCUCAACUACCGCGAGGAUGGUGUCACCCCCUACAUCAUCGUCUGGCAGCACGGCCUCGAGGGCAUGAAGGUUUAA